AUGCUUCUCAUGGAAAAUUCAAAUUAUAAUUCUGCAUGGAUCGAUCUGCACGCGGUGCUUGAAUUUCUCGGAGUCAAGUUGAACGUUCAGCGUCUUCAUGACGGACUGUUCAGGGUUACACUGCAGCUCAGGUAUGGAAAGACUAUGAGUGGGAUGUUUUCAAAUAUGAACAAUUGUGAUCGGAAUAUGACGAUAUGGAUAACUUUCUACCACGCUUUUUGA